AUGGCUUCGUCGUCGCUUGAUCCUGCCUCUUGGACUUGGCCCGAGGACUUGCCUGGUGCUUGGGCCGAUGACCACGUCCAGAAAGAGGAGAAGAGACCACAAUCAUUUCAGACACCUAGCGAAUACAGAGAGCACCAGCCCCCUUCGGAAGGCGAACAAGAGUCUGCACCUCGUCAACCACCCCAGUCUUCCUCGCCAGACUCGGCGGGCUCUACAGGCUCACAACAGCGCGAACGUCAUUACAACCCGCGCACAUGUCGCAUCUGCCUCGAGACUGUCUUGCCAACAUACCACCCACCGUCAGACUCACUGCCAGGCUUCUUGCGCUCCGCUCCGAACGUCACAUACGAGAGUGAAGACGGUGGUCGUCUGCUGCGCCCCUGCCUGUGCAAGGGUAGCCAAAAAUACGUCCAUGAGGAAUGUCUGCAAGCCUGGCGCUUACAGAAUCCUGCCGCAAAGCGUAAUUACUGGCAAUGUCCAACAUGUAGGUACAAGUAUCGUCUAGAACGCAUGAACUGGGCACACUGGAUCAGCAGCACUGCCGCUCAAAUCUUGCUUACCUUGGCCAUCUUCCUUGUCGCCUCAUUCACUCUAGGUUACGUCGCUGAUCCAAUCAUCAAUCUCUAUCUUGACCCUUACGACACCAUCGCUCAUGGCUCUCAACCCAUCCUAGAUCCGAAUGAGCCUGUCACGUGGUUUGAGCACUUUCUCAAGGGUUUCGCCUCUCUGGGCUUGGUCGGAUUUGCCAAGUUUCUCCUUACUUUGAGUCCGUGGCAGAUGUACAAUGUUCGUACUUCUGGUGUUGUAGGUGGUCGUACCACGGGGAGAGACAGAAUGGCUCAGAUCAGCUGGAUUGCUGUGGGCGUCGGCAUCUUGACUUUCACUUGGGCUGUCUGGAAAGGCGUCCGAGCUUGGAGUCGACGUGCUCUCGCAGCUGCAUCAGAACGUGUCAUGGACGUUCCUGGUGCAAAUUUCGACGAUGACGAUGAGGAGUGA